UGGGAAAGACAUCUAUAUUCUCCAAUGAGAUUAAAGGUUUUAUUCUGAGCUCGUGAAGCGGACUGUUAUAUUUUUCUUCCAGAAUAUAUGGUUGAAUAGCAGCUUGACCUGCUUCCAUUAAGAUGAACACGUACCAGGUCCCGAACCCUGGCCUGCCGGGAUGCCCACCCGGACUAGAGUAUCUAACACAGGUUGAUCAGCUACUCAUCAAACAGAAAGUCGAGUUUAUUGAAGCCCUGGCUGGCUUUGAGAGCAACAACAAGUAUGAGGUGCGUAAUGCCAUGGGUCAGAACGUGUUCUAUGCUGUGGAGGAGAAUGACUGUCUUAGCAGGCAGUGCUGCGGACCCUUACGAUCCUUCACAAUAAAAGUCCUUGACAACUUUGGACAGGAGGUCAUCACAGUCACCAGACCUCUCAAAUGCAUGUCCUGUUUCUUCCCCUGCUGUCUGCAAGAGUUGGAGGUGCAGGCCCCCCCAGGGAACACGGUAGGCUACGUGGUCCAGCAGUGGCACCCCUUCUCCCCCAAGUUCAUCAUAGAGAAUGAACACAGAGAGGCUGUGCUGAGGCUGCACGGACCCUUCUGUGGCUGGAGUUGUUUGCCUGACGUUGACUUUGAGAUCGUGACCAUGGAUGAAGUGGAUAAGAUAGGGAAGAUCAGUAAACAGUGGACCGGUCUACUCCGUGAGGCGUUCACGGACGCUGAUAACUUUGGGAUCCAGUUCCCCAUGGAUCUUGACGUGAAGAUGAAGGCUGUGAUGAUAGGAGCUUGUUUCCUCGUCGAUUUCAUGUUCUUUGAGAGCGGUAACCAACCCUAGCAGCUGAGGAGUAGUCUACAUCUCAGACAGUCUGCACUCCUGGAGCUAUAACUUCCUGCUGGUCAUGGACAAGGUCUCAGAUAGACAUGGUGCUAUGUGUGGGAUUCAUCUUGUUGGCAUGGUAAGAACCAUAGAAAUAGAUCUACCAAGGGAUUACAGGUGAAUGUAAUGUAAUGGCCGCUGGUACUAGUUUUAGCUUUUGGGGUUGGUACACAUUGCAGCUAAAUCAGUCAAACCAGGUGUGUGUGUGUCAGUGUCCAUUGUUAUAUAUUUAGAGAUUGUAUAUAAAGGAGUGUGUGUGUUUUUACAGUGUGUACAUUGUGGUUGCGUUACCCAUAACCCCUCAGUCUGAUAAAAAGGGUUGUGUGGUACCACUUCACCCAUUUGUUACAUGUGAAAAUAAAAUGAACACCAUCUUUAUCUCAACCACCUUGCUGAAGGGAAUGUGGAAAGGGAAGGAGAGCAGAGAUGAAGAAAUGCUAUGUAGCUUAAAGAAGAAAUCUACAAAAACAUGUUAUAUUUUUUGGUAAAUCGGAAGACCUUAAUAUGUUCUUGUGUCAACAGUAUAUUAAGUUACCUUUAAGUUAUUGUUUAAGUUGGUUAAGUUAUAUGCUACUGUGUUUUGCUCAAGACAACUUUUGUAUGUAGUAUUUUGAGAUUUUUGAUAUUUAAUUUAUUUAUUUGUGUAUUUAUGUAGCUUAAUAUUGUUUAUUGUUUAUUGUUUUCAAUAAUUAAUAUAAUAAUAAUAAUAAUUUGUGGGAAAGUUGACAUAAUGUUCAUUAUUAAAAACAUCCUCCAGUGAUUUCUGAACU